AAAAAAGGUACGGUCAAUGAACGAACCAACACAAGGGUCGUAAUACCUUCCAAUGGUUCAAGUUUUAGUUAGCAUUUGUAACCAUGGAUACACAGCGAAGCAUGGCCGCUCGAUUAACAGUUUGCGAAUAAACGUUGCGCAGAAAGGUGAUCAAAUACGUGGAAUGCUGUUGAAUCAAGUGAUUUUUCUCCUCGUACACCACUCAUUACGACCAGCGAAACUUAACUAUCGACGAAAAUCAAUAAUGGACGAGCUUUAGAUCGAGUAUAGGAAAGGUCGUCGUGUAUUUCGUUGACGACACGCGAACAGUCUAAUAUUACACGAUGAAAACAAUCAAACUCGAAAAUACAUGGCGUUUCAGUAGGCUUGGAAGAACCGUUUUUACUACACUGCGAAUGGACAAGGAAUGAAUCGACGCCCAAUUUCAGAAAUGAAAAAUAAUGGCCCCGGGCCUUCAAUGUGUUUAUCGACUCUGAUGACAGAGCUAGGUCUUUUGUUUAAUGGGCAGUGUCUCUCAAUGUAGAGAUUCAUUUUUGCACAAACCAAAUAAUUUUCUAUGAAAUUAAUUAUCAAAUUAAUUAUUAGAAUAUUAAUAAUCUAUGAAAUGUCAUCGCGGUUAAAUUUGCGUUAAUAAUGUUAAAAAUUGUUAUGAUGCGACAGAGGUACUUAACAAAUCAGCUGACAAGCUGAAGGGAAAAGCAUAGAGAAACCAAACACUGAUGAAGAUGAACCGAUACAUCACUUUGAAUCAACUGGGGGAUGGAACUUUCGGUUCCGUCGUUCUUGGAGAACGCAUUGAUACUGGUGAGAAGGUCGCUAUAAAAAGGAUGAAGAGGAAAUACUAUUCCUGGGAGGAAGCAAUGAAUUUGCGUGAAGUUAAAUCCUUGAAGAAACUCAGUCACGCAAACGUGGUGAAACUGAAGGAGGUAAUCCGUGAGAAUGAUGUACUGUACUUUGUCUUUGAGUACAUGAAGGAAAACCUUUACCAACUGAUGAAGGAUAGGGACAAACUUUUCCCCGAACCGGUGAUCAGAAAUAUAGUUUACCAGGUAUUGCAAGGACUGGCGUUCAUGCAUAAGCAUGGUUUCUUUCAUCGCGACAUGAAACCUGAAAAUUUAUUAUGCAUGGGUCCGGAGUUGGUGAAGAUCGCCGAUUUUGGAUUAGCCAGAGAAAUAAGGUCGAGGCCUCCAUACACGGAUUACGUGUCCACGAGAUGGUACAGAGCACCGGAAGUACUGCUCCAUUCUACGACCUACAACAGCCCGAUCGAUAUUUGGGCAGUGGGCUGCAUCAUGGCCGAAUUGUACACAUUUCGACCAUUGUUCCCUGGGAAAAGUGAGAUCGAUGAAAUCUUUAAAAUAUGCUCUGUAAUCGGUACCCCAGAGAGGGACGAUUGGCCGGAAGGGUAUCAAUUAGCAGCCGCCAUGAAUUUCAAAUUUCCAAAUUUCACUCGCACCUCGUUGAACGUCCUAAUACCAAAUGCCAGUCAAGAGGCAGUGAUACUUAUGGAAGACAUGCUGCAAUGGAAUCCUAUUAAAAGGCCCACAGCGCAACAGUCUUUAAGGUAUCCCUAUUUUCAAGUGAACGUUCCGCGUGCGAUUAACAGCAAAAAGAUUGGGGUCACCUCUCAACGAGAUCUUGUUUUAAACAAAGUAAAUCUUCCUCCUCCCAUGCCCAAACAGUACUACUCACAACAAGAUAUUCUUAACACGUUAGAAUCCAGUAUAAUAUAUUUCAACAUCUUUAGAGCGCAAGAGAAAAUGGUACAACCGACGCAAGAGCAACCGACGCUGCCCAUACUGAAUCAUAACAAUUACCUUCGCGAUAAUAAUCCCUCGAAAAUGGACGAGGACGAUUUUGCCGAGCUGUUAGGAAGCAAGAUCGUUCCCGAGAACGCAAUCCUUGCCCCAGAACGAGUGUAUAAAGAGAACCGUGCCAAUUGGAACGAGAAUUAUUUGCCAGACAAUCCGAAUCAGAGCAACGGGAACUGGGUGUUACCGCCUUGGAACGAACCGGCUGCGAUCAGUUGGAAUCAGUCGCAGUCGAGCUUGAAAAAUGGUCGAAAAGUAUCGGGGAAACAGCAUUACUUCAGCGUGGCUCGGUACGUCGCAGGGCAGAGCACAAGUUUGUCGUCCAGAAACGGUGAUGCUGAACCAAACCGACCUAGAUUAAUGCGGAAUUUGGUUGGCCAACCUAUGGAGAAGUAUGAAGAAUUCACGGACUCCUUCUGGGUGCCAAGGAACUCGGUUGAAAAUCAAACGAAGCAAUAUUACCUACCCCGAAAUCGUUAUAUUACAGAUCAGACGUUGAGGUUGCCCUAUCCUAGCGUUUAUGGUACACAAACGAUCAAAUUAAUUAAUUUGAUAGAAACAACAAAUAAGGGAACCCAUCAACCGAAUGUCUAUGGAAGUGUACUGAACACAAAGGGAAGUGGAGGUCUUCAUGGAAGAACUGAUUGGGCUGCUAAGUAUCUGAAAUAACUGCAUCAAAAGCAUUACACAUAUACCCAAGUUAGCGUAUACAAUUUAUUCAACUGUGAUAAAAUGACGUUUGUCGUUUCAUUGCAUUGCGAGGAAGACGUAAGUGAAUGAUACAAUGAUACGAAUAAUACAAAAGAACCAACUUACAAAAAAUUCAUACUUUUAAAAAUGUAAUCACUUCAUUAAUUAUUUUUUUCAAUUGCACGCAAGUGAUCACAUUUUUAAAAUAAUCUCGUUAAGCUCUAGUGGUCAAUGUUCAUGUAAUGAUAAUUAGGAAAAAAACAAUUUAUAUAUUUUACCUUUCUUAUAGUGUUAUUGAAUUAAUUGUUGAGUAAUGCUGUUUUGAUAAUACUUACAUUAUAAAAUUCAGUAUAUUAAUCUUUUUUUUUUUAAUAAUUUACUAAAUAGAACUGUUGUAAAAGACAGUAAUGACUAAUGAUAAUGGUUAAAAAUGUAAUGUUUGAUUCCUAAAGAGUAUAAUACUUGGAUAAGAUAUAUUAAAGAAUAUAAUAUAUAUAUAUAUA